ACUAAUUAAUAAACGGACCUGGGAACGAGUUCCGAGAAAGGUCAAAGGUAACGUUCUGUGUGGCGCCAUUUUUGGAGAACGGUAAAAAAAAGCUGCCAACUGUCAGCGGAAAGAACUAUGGGGAAGAAGACCCAGACACGGACUUCCCCAGUCACCUCGGCAGCAGGGAACUCACCUCCCACUAUUCCUGAUGGUCCUGACAUGGACGGUCUGUCUCAGACCUCCCUACGUGGCAGGAAACACAGGAGCAGGGGACGGGAGAAAUGUGCCGGAACCCAAGAACAGCAAAACACAUCCACAAGACCAAAAGCUGCAUCAACUGUGGUUAAAGAAGAGAAUCAGAUGGGCACUUCCAAUGGCACAGGUGCAGCGUUAUCAACAGACCACGGUGCAGCUGGGAGGGGGAAUUCAUCAAGGAAGAGAAGGAAGACAAGGCCUGGGGAACAAGGUCAAGGGGACACAGGCACAGAUGAGAACAACACUGCACUAGGAAAACAGCAUUCUGACAAGAGUACACAAAAAAGAGCAGUAAGAACUGAAGCACAUCCAGCAACACCUGGAGGUGCACAGGGACGUGGCAGGGGCAGGAAAAGGAAAGCCCCACCUGGUGAUGCUGGGAGGAAUGACAACAAAGCUGAUAAAACUGUACAUACAGGCAGUAGUUCUGGAUCCAGACCCUCACGAAAGAAAAGACGUCACAGCAGGGGAUCAUCACCUGCACAAGGACGGCCGUCGACAGAGGGUGCAAGUUGUUCCUCUGAAAAACCUGCAACCUCUGAUGAACAGGAAGUUGCAGCUACGUCAAGGACUUCUAGUAAAUCAAAGGAAGACAAGAAGAAAGGAAGAGCUGGAAAAGAAAAGGAUUCUACCCUUCAAACCAAACAUUGUAAAGGUAACAGAACCGAAACCAAAGUGACAAUCAAAGAUGGUGGUACAGAAGAUAGCAGCUCAAGUGCCAAAGGACAGAAGAGGAAAAAGAAGAAGAUGAAGGGAUCAAAAACAGAACUGGGCACGGAGGAGGCUAGAGGCACAAAGACAGAAACUGCAGCAGAGGCAGUUGAGGCUGAGAAAUGUGCCAUCUGUCUGGAGGAGUUGACAGACCAGCGUGUGGGAACGCCUGCCUGCUGUCGCCACUCCUACUGCCUGGACUGUAUACAGACAUGGGCACAGAGGAAAAACAAAUGCCCGGUUGACAACAAAACGUUCCACGAGAUUGUUGCCCGAGAGAGACUGGGAGGUGCCGUAACAGACAGGAUCCCAGCCCCUGACAGAAAUGAGGUCCAUCCUGAAGACGAUGAUGACCUGUUCACCAUCAACAUUGACGGGGAGGAGGUGAACAUCCUGGAACAGCUGAACGGGUACUUCCUCAGGUACCAGGAGGGGUGGGACCACUGGGCCGAUGGUGAUGAUGAUGAUGAUGAGAGUGGCUGGGUGUCCAUUGAUGAAGAUGGCGAUGACAGUGAUGAUGAUGAUGACGAUGAAGAUGAUAGUGAUGAGGAUUCAUACACUGAUGACACCAGUGAGGAGGAGAGGGACGACAGUGACGGUGGCAGCUAUAGUGCAUCCGAGGGGGACUGGGAUACCUUUUUUGAUGACAGUUAUGAAGGCAGUUAUCGCGGAGGUAGUUCUCCCGACCUCGACAGUGACAGUGACAGUCAUGACAGCAGUGGGGCUGAUGAUGAUGAUGAUGAUGAGACCCCGUACGGUGGUUAUGGCGAUUAUGGACCACCUGAUGACUACAAUGCCAGCAGUCCCUACAGUAACCAGGAUGGUUCAUUUGAAGAAGCCUCAGGUCACGACGAUGACCAAAGUGGCUAUGAUGAAAACGGGGAUUAUUACAAUGACGGCUACAACAAUGAAUAUGGUGAUGAUGGUUACGAUGCCUAUAACGGUGGCUAUUGUGACCCUGUAUACCACGAUUCUUUUGAAUUUGGUGGCUAUGACCAUGGGUACAAUGACCAAAGCAAUAACGGAGACUACUAUGAUGAUGGGUAUGGUAAUGACUACAGUGAUAGUUAUGACCAGGAUUCUAAUGACGACAGUGAUAGCAGUAGUAGUGACUGGUGAUACCUGUAGACAUCGAAUAUUUCUUGCAGAAAAGUUUCACUUCUUGGAUAGAUGGAAUACAACCAACAUUAUAUCACUUCUUACUGUCACACAUAGCAGAAUAUGGCCUACCGAACACUGCCAAACUCCCCCCCACCAUGGUUGGGAGUAAUUGUUGGGAGCAACAUCGGCUGUGGUUGGCUGGCAUUCGGCAAGGUUUGCU